AUGUUUGUUUCUCUGAAGACGACUCAUCUCCAAUCGCCAAUAUCUCUGUUCUUCUCCGUGCCAGGUGAAGCUUGUGUUGUUUAUGAUUCUGAGGCUGCUAUUCAUGCCAAGAACAUCCCAACCGGCGUAACUGAGACUUCGAGAUAUCCAGACACGACUGGCCUCAAAAGAUUGAACAGAGCUCUCGAGCUCGUGAGACCGUCGACGACGACUUAUUUGAUCGGGCUAUCAGCAGCUAGGAACUCCGAUCCGGUUACUUGUGGCGCCAAGAGAAGAGAGAAUCCAGGUCAAAAGUUUUUCAUUGAGUAUUUCUACGCUCUAACGGGUUGUGAACGCACCAAGGAGGAGGAGGAACAAUUAGAUCGAAUGGUGGAUACAUUGGAGAGGAUGGACGAGAAACUGAGGUCCGUGAAUGUGUUGAACACUCACCUAGAAAGGUGGUGCAACCAGCAAGGGCUCGACGAGGCCCUAAGCAAGUCUAAAAAGGAGUCGGAGGUUUGGAGCGAAUUUUCGUUCGACUUUUUGGGAUUUUUCAAUGAGGAACCCAUGUUCUCAUUUGAAUUCCCGAAAUACUUCGAAGACAUCGAGACCACCAAGUUCGAGGACAAGCACAUGUCGUUUGAGUACGAGGGUCUACCAAUUUCGAUAUUUACCUAG